CCAAUGUCCCUACCUCCCUCAAUCUUCAGUGCCGCCGAAACCCUAGCUAGGUGAGUGAGAGAAGGAGGUGCAGACUCGGGGAACAGAGAGAAAUGACGACCCGAUUCAAGAAGAACCGCAAGAAGAGAGGCCACGUCAGCGCCGGUCACGGUCGUAUCGGCAAGCACCGCAAGCAUCCCGGAGGUCGCGGUAACGCCGGAGGCAUGCACCACCACCGGAUCCUCUUCGACAAGUACCAUCCUGGGUAUUUCGGUAAAGUCGGUAUGAGGUACUUUCACAAGCUUCGCAACAAGUUCUACUGCCCCAUCGUCAACGUCGACAAGCUCUGGUCGCUCCUCCCUCAGGAGGCCAAGGACAGGGCCACCAAGGACAACGCCCCGCUCAUCGAUGUCACUCAGUACGGCUUCUUCAAGGUCCUCGGCAAGGGCGAGUUGCCGCAGAACCAGCCCAUCGUGGUCAAGGCCAAGCUCAUCUCCAAGACCGCCGAGAAGAAGAUUAAGGAGGCCGGUGGCGCCGUCGUGCUCACCGCUUAGGUUUGGGUUGUUUUUUUAGCAUUAAGGUUUCGGAUUAAAGUUGCUGUUUUUUGGAAUUGAAUUUCAGUUUAGACUGCUGAGCUACAGUUUAUGUUAUAUUUUGGAAGUUUAAUUAGCGGAUAUUUAUAUGCAUUUCUGUUUUUCCAAAUGAAUGGUUUUUCUGUGAACGUAUGAUUAUGUUUUGUUAUCGUGAUGGGUUUGUUUCGA